CGAUGGGAAUCCCCCCCGCUCAGAGCAUAAGAAGGGUCGGCCCUGCUGGCUAGUUAGCCAGACUAGAGAGAGCAAGAACACCGAACGGUCGUAGUCUUCAUUUUAUAGUACCUGAAACCGACCGACAAAGAACAAGACACGACAUGGGGAAAAGUUCGUCAAAAUGCUGCGGCUGCUGUUGGUGUGCGAGUGUACCAAUCGAGCCAGACUUCCCGGAGCUCCAGCCCAUGUACCCGGACGUGAUCGACCCGAUCACCGUGGUGUGCGUGAGUUUUUCACCGGGCGGCAUUCCUACGGACGUCGGGGCCUGCAUCUACGGCUCUCGCCACACCUUCACCCGCGUGACGGCCGGCGGCCUGGCCCAUCGAGCUGGCGUCAGGGAAGGGGACCAGUUGAUCAGUGUCAAUGGCGUAAACGUGGAGGAACUGCGGCAUGAUCAGGUCAUCAACAUGUUUGCCGGACUUAGGGCCGCUGUUAAGAUGGAAAUGCGCCGACAAUCUCAAGGGAGCAACUCCAGCUCUCAGUCCAUGUCUGACGUCGAAUUCAUCACAGCGCACCUCAAAAUGCAGGAAAUCAGUGUUAUCACGCCAGUCGUUGGUCCCGAGGCCCAGGUGUCCGCCCACAGCGUGACACUGGAGUACCACCAGCUGCAGCGGAACCAGCUCCACCAUCAGUACGGCCGCAGGACCGGCGUCAUGCUGCCCGGCAGUCGGGGAGGCGCCUUCAAGGGACGACUCAACUCGUCCAACAGAUCAGACGCCACCAUUGCCGUCCACAGCUUCUUCAGCAUUCCUCCGCGGGUCGGUACUUACGUCGUCUUGGAGUUCGACAAAAGGGGCAAGUUCUUCACCUGUUUAACACGAGGAAGAGUCAGAAUCCAGGGAGGAAGCCCCGUUGAUAACAUCACAUCAAACGUUACCAACGAUGGCCGCGUAUUCUUCAUGACUGCUGUAGGCAGCGACCUCAAGUUUGAGUCCGCGAAAUUCCCGGGCAAAUUCCUGACCAUCAACAACAGUAGCAGUAAAUUGGAGCUCAAGAGCAACGGCAGCACCAUUGAAAGCCAGUACUUCAGACUGCACAGCAUCUGAGCAACACUUGGGGAGCACGUGAUGAGCACGUGAACAACUGGUCCAAGGGCACGUGAACAGCAGGUCCACGUUCACGUGAACAGCAUAUCCAAGGACACGCGUACGUGAACAGCAAAUGCGGUUUAGGGUGACAGAUUCAUGUAAAUAUUGAUAAUCAUGUAAGUAUUGAUAAUCUCACAUAAGUAUCAUGGCUCUGAAUAUGCUCGCCUACCCCUGCUACGCAUAUUGCAGCGUACCUUGACACCAGAAACUUUUUGUAAAAAUGUAUUAUUUUGUGCAGUGGGCGUAACAUUACUAUAUAAUAGGUUACCAUGUCCUGGCUCCUUCAGUGCAUAUUCCAUUUUAGCUAAGGUGGUCUGAUAACAUUAGAUGUAAACUUGCUGCCUGUUGGUACAGGAGGACUUGAGGAGGUAGGGCUCUGAUAAAUUACAUUGUGAACGUACCUUUUUGCACAUCUUUGCAAGCCCAGUCGCUUCGCGGUGGUAGCCGGGGUCUACGUAUAUUCGCCAAAGAGUGGCGGAUGGAUAUAAGCAGUGCACGUUUUUGUGCACCCAAGUUUCUUCCACAAGAAUCUCGGAGGGCAAAGGUAACAUGACGUCAUAUCCGGUGUGUACUUGUUGAUUAUUUACGUUCCUAAAAAAAAAAAUACAUACGACAAAUUCCAUACCUUUAUGGCAUAUAUUCUGUAACUUUCUUUGCAAACAAUAAUUUUCUGUUAAGUCUCCAGCUUUAUCAGGGGCUAGCUUUGUAUUUUUUUCCAAAAGAAAUUAACAAGUUUUAAAGGCACCAAAUCACACUAUUCCAAGUUUUCCACGAGCAACACACACCGGAAGUUUGACAUGAUGACCUUACUAUCCCCUCGAGGUGAACGAAGAGUCUUUCCUAGACGCUUCGUGGUAGAUCUCCGUUCUAGGAGACAAUCUUUUUAUCUUUUUUAGAUUUGCCAAGAUAGUGUAGUGCAAGUUUAUAUCUUAGGUCCUUACACGCAUGUCUGUACAUGUAUACGUAGGUGUUUAUGUUUCGGAAUAGUAUCUGAUGCUAUGUAAAAAAAAUAUACACAAAGAAGGGCUUGCAGCAACUAUUAUGUUAAGUUUGUUGGUCAUACAGUGAAUAUAUUGCCGUCUGGUUAUUAUCAAGAUUAACAUUCCAUAGUAAGCUUGUACCUGUGAAUGUUGGCCAGAUAUAAAUUUAGAUUAUUUUGUAGUUUCAUAUCUGCUGAUUUGAUUUUAUAAUUUCCGAAUAAAAUGAUUACAAACGA